AUGGGGCCUCUACGACUCCAGCAAGGCUGGAAUAUUCUCAAGACCGGCCGACUGACGCGUCUGACGCGACAAUAUCACGCUACUCGUCCGCGUGCAGCCGUUCCGACUAGGCCAGUGCAAGCGGUCGCUCGCGCUGCCGUGGGCUCGUACAGCCCGCAAGAUGGCGAGCACGUCCUAAACUCGCCAUCCGAGCUCGCACGUAAAAUCUCGGCGAAGGUGCUCCCAAAAAUUCCGCGACCGGAUGUGCGCAAGGUGCUCAUAGUCGGCAGCGGUGGUCUCAGCAUUGGUCAAGCGGGCGAAUUCGACUACUCCGGUUCGCAGGCGUUGAAGGCUCUUCGCGAGGAGGGCGUCGAUGCCAUCCUCAUCAACCCGAACAUCGCUACGUGGCAGACGUCGCAUCAGCUCGCUUCGGAGGUCUACUUCUUGCCCAUCACACCGGACUAUGUCGCAUAUGUAUUGGAAAAGGAACGGCCGGACGGCAUCCUCUUGACCUUUGGUGGACAGAGCGCGCUUAAUGUCGGCAUUGAACUCGAUCGUAUGGGUGUCCUCGAACGGCUUGGCGUGCAGGUGCUCGGUACUCCCAUUCGGACGCUGGAGGUCUCGGAGGACCGUGAUCUAUUCGUGCAGGCUCUUAAAGAGAUUGAUAUUCCGGUCGCGCAGUCCACGGCGGUUUCUUCGGUCAAUGAUGCCUUGGCUGCGGCUGAGCGCAUUGGGUAUCCUGUCAUUCUACGGUCCGCGUUUACUCUCGGUGGUCUUGGAUCUGGUUUUGCGAACAACUCGGACGAAUUGCGGGAUCUGUCGGCUAAGAGUCUCAGUCUGAGUCCUCAGGUUCUCAUCGAGCGGAGCAUGAAGGGCUGGAAGGAACUUGAGUACGAGGUUGUCCGUGACGCUGCUGAUAACACUAUCAUUUGCUGCAACAUGGAGAACUUCGACCCACUCGGUACGCACACUGGUGAUUCGAUUGUGGUCGCGCCAUCACAGACCCUUCCCGAUGACGAGUACCACAUGUUGCGAUCGGCGGCUCUUAAGGUCAUUCGGCAUCUUGGUGUUAUCGGCGAAUGCAAUAUCCAGUAUGCGCUGAACCCGACGUCCCGGGAAUACUGUGUCAUCGAGGUCAAUGCACGUGCUCUGGCAUCGAAGGCAACAGGUUACCCACUCGCGUACACGGCUGCGAAGAUCGCCUUAGGACAUACGCUCCCGGAGCUGCCGAACGCGGUUACGAAGACGACUACAGCCUGCUUCGAACCCUCUCUGGACUACAUCGUGACGAAGAUUCCCAAGUGGGACUUGGCCAAAUUCUCGUCGCAGGUUAACCGUGAGGUUGGCUCCGCCAUGAAGUCUGUCGGCGAGGUCAUGGCAAUCGGUCGUACAUUCGAGGAGAGUCUGCAGAAGGCGAUCCGACAGGUGGACCCGCGCUGGAAGGGUUUCGAGGCAUAUGUGCAGCCGGAGGAUCUCGAUGGCGCGCUAUCGAAGCCGACGGACAUGCGUCUGUUCGCGAUUGCGUACGCCAUGUUCAACAAGAAGUACACGGUCGACCAGCUCCACGAUCUGACGAAGAUCGACAAGUGGUUCUUGUAUAAGAUCGACAACAUUGUCCAGACGGUUUACGCCCUCAAGGAAGUCGGCUCGAUUGACAAGAUCGACCACGAGCUGAUGCAGCGUGCCAAGCGCAUGGGCUUCUCGGAUUCGCACAUCGCUGAUCUGGUCACGUCGAAGGAGGACACCGUACGCGCGCACCGCAAGUCGCUCGGUAUCACGCCCUUCGUCAAGCGCAUCGACACGCUCGCCGCAGAGUACCCCGCGCACACAAACUACCUGUACACCACCUACAAUGCAUCCGAACAUGAUGUAGAGUUCAACGAACACGGCACGAUGGUCCUUGGCAGUGGUGUGUACCGUAUUGGCAGCAGUGUCGAGUUCGAUUGGUGCGCCGUGACAUGUGCGCGCAAGCUGCGCGAGAUGGGCAAGCGGACGAUCAUGAUCAACUACAACCCGGAGACCGUCUCUACCGACUUCGACGAGGCCGACCGUCUGUACUUCGAGGAGCUCGGCUACGAGCGUGUGAUGGACAUCUACGAACUGGAACAGGCGAACGGUGUCAUCGUCAGCGUUGGCGGUCAAUUGCCCCAGAACAUUGCUCUGCGCCUUAAGCAGAAUCAGGUCAACGUAUUGGGUACGGAUCCCGAAAAGAUCGAUAGCGCGGAAGACCGUCACAAGUUCUCCUCCAUUCUGGACAGCAUUGGCGUUGAUCAGCCCGAGUGGACCGAGGUGUCCUCUGUUAACGCUGCCAAGGAAUUUGCUAACAAAGUCGGCUACCCUGUCCUUAUUCGCCCGUCAUAUGUGCUCUCCGGUGCCGCCAUGAACGUCGUGUACGAGGAGUCCACGCUCGAGUACAACUUGUCCGCUGCCGCGUCUGUCUCGCCCCUUCACCCUGUCGUCAUCUCGAAGUUCAUCGACAACGCUCAAGAGAUCGAUGUCGACGCCGUCGCCCACAAGGGACAGCUGCUACUCCAUGCUAUCUCUGAGCACGUCGAGAAUGCCGGUGUUCACUCUGGAGAUGCAACGCUUGUCCUGCCUCCCUUCUCGUUGACCGAGCACGACAUGUCCCGCCUCAAGGAGAUUGCCGAGAAGGUUGCCGUUGCGUUCGAGAUUUCGGGUCCAUACAACAUGCAGGUCAUCAAGAAGCCUGCCGCCGGGCCCGGAGAGGACGCCGAACUUAAGGUCAUCGAGUGUAACCUGCGUGCCUCGCGGUCGUUCCCCUUCGUUUCGAAAGUACUUGGCCACAACUUCAUUGACGCCGCAACGGCCGCCAUCGUCGGCCAGGAUGUACCGCAGCCUGUCGACGCCAUGACGGAAAAGCGUGACUACACCGCUGUGAAGGUCGCGCAGUUCUCGUGGACGCGACUUGGUGGUGCGGAUCCUUUCUUGGGUGUUGAAAUGGCGAGCACGGGAGAAGUCGCGAGCUUCGGGAAGGACAUCCACGAAGCCUACUGGGCGUCGCUUCUCAGCACGACGGGUUUCAAGGUUCCUCGACCCAAUACAGGUGUUCUUAUCGGCGGUGAUGUCACCGCGCCCGAGAUGAAGACUGUUGCCAAGGGCCUCUUCGAUCUCGGCUUCAAGCUGUACUGCUCUUCACCAGUCGUCGAGGACUUCCUGAACAACAUCAACUAUAUUUCUGCCAAGCGGAUUUUCUUCCCUACGAAGGACAAGCGCAUGCUGCGGGAAGUCUUCGACGAGUACGACAUUGAAUGUGUCAUCAACCUCGCCAAGUCGCGAGGCAAUGACGCUACGGAUGAGGACUACGUCGCCCGCCGAAAUGCUGUCGACUUUGGCCUCCCGCUCUUGAACAACGCCCGAUGCGCUCAAUUGUUUGUCGAGGCAUUAGCCAAAAAGAUACCCGAGGGUGGCCUGCGCAAAUACACUGAAGACCGCAUGCCCUCGGAGGUCCGCUCCUGGCGCGAGUUCGUUGGCAAGCGGGCGUGAUCUUGUUAUCUAUGUAAGAAAUGAAUAUCGAACAUAUCUAUAGACAUCUAGUGCUGCGCUCUCGGUGCAGGAGUCGCACUGAAAAAGUACAUACACUUAAAAUGUACUGCUAAUCUUGGUUGUAGAGUACAUGUUAGCAAGUAACAGCAUAGCAUUCUGUCGAAUCACAACAAUGCAAGUUCUAGAAAGC